CUUAACCCGAGCCCCCAUUCAUCAGCAAACACAUCGGAUCGAUGCUACUCUAACCUAUCGGGUUCUUGUACCAAAUCUCCAGGUUAAAUGAAUACCUGACGAAAGGGCCCACGUUUCAAGGCAGUGACAUUUGAUAGCUGAGAGGAAAAGUGGCUUUAAUGAAAAGCAACCUUUGGAAUUCCUGCUUGUGAAAAAUCCAAUUCAGCUUUUUGUGCUGCCAGCAAGAAAUGAUCAGUAGCACCAGUGUUUAUGGCUUGAAGAUGCAGUGGACGCCGGAGCAUGCCCAGUGGCCAGAGCAGCACUUCGAUAUCACUUCGACCACCCGGUCCCCAGCCCACAAGGUGGAAGCCUACCGGGGGCACCUGCAGCGCACGUACCAGUACGCCUGGGCCAACGACGACAUCUCGGCUCUGACCGCCUCCAACCUCCUGAAAAAGUAUGCAGAAAAAUAUUCCGGGAUUUUGGAAGGCCCGGCUGAGCGACCCAUUCUCAGCAACUACUCUGAAGCUCCCUCGGGGCUGGUGAACGGUCGGAAGAAUGAAAGUGAGCCUUGGCAGCCAUCCUUGAACUCGGAGAGCGUGUAUCCCAUGAACUGUGUCCCAGAUGUCAUCACCGCCAGCAAAGCUGGGGUAAGUGCAGCUCUCCCUCCCGCAGAUGUCUCAGCCAGCAUCGGGAGCUCUCCUGGGGUGGCCAGUAACCUGGCUGAGCCCAGCUACUCCAGCAGCACCUGUGGAAGUCACACCGUUCCCAGUCUUCAUUCAGGGCUCCCAUCUCAGGAAUACGCCACAGGAUACAAUGGCUCGUAUUUGCAUACCAGUUACAGCGGCCAGCCAGCACCUGCACUUCCAUCCCCUCAUCCAUCCCCCCUGCACAGCUCGGGACUUUUACAGCCCCCACCACCACCACCGCCACCAGCCCUCGUCCCUGGCUACAACGGGACCUCCAAUCUCUCCAGUUACAGCUACCCUUCCACCAGUUAUCCUCCUCAAACCGCUGUUGGCCCUGGGUACAGCCCUGGGGGUGCCCCGCCGCCCUCGGCUUACCUGCCUUCAGGAAUCCCUGCUCCAACCCCUCUGCCCCCAACCACUGUCCCCAGCUACUCCUACCAGGGCCACGGUCUGACGCCAAUUGCGCCGUCUGCCCUGACAAACAGUUCAGCCAGCUCUCUCAAAAGGAAAGCUUUCUACAUGGCAGGGCAAGGAGAAAUGGACUCCAGUUAUGGAAAUUACAGCUACGGCCAACAGAGAUCUACACAGAGUCCAAUGUAUCGAAUGCCAGACAACAGCAUUUCAAAUGCAAACAGAGGGAAUGGUUUUGACAGAAGUGCUGAAACAUCAUCCUUAGCAUUUAAGCCAACAAAGCAGCUAAUGUCCUCUGAACAGCAAAGGAAAUUCAGUAGCCAGUCCAGUAGGGCUUUAACACCCCCAUCCUAUAGUACUGCUAAAAACUCACUGGGUUCGAGAUCGAGUGACUCGUUUGGGAAGUAUAGCUCCCCAGUAAUGAAUGAGCAUGGUGACGAGCACAGGCAGCUCCUCCCUCACCCAAUGCAAGGCCCGGGACUUCGUGCAGCUACCUCAUCCAACCACUCUGUGGACGAGCAACUGAAGAAUACUGACACACACCUCAUUGACCUUGUUACCAAUGAGAUUAUCAGCCAAGGACCUCCCGUGGACUGGAGCGACAUUGCUGGCCUAGAUCUAGUAAAGGCCGUCAUUAAGGAGGAGGUUUUAUGGCCAGUAUUGAGGUCAGAUGCAUUCAAUGGACUGACUGCUCUACCUCGGAGCAUCCUUUUAUUUGGACCUCGGGGAACAGGCAAAACAUUAUUGGGCAGAUGUAUAGCUAGUCAGCUGGGGGCCACGUUUUUCAAAAUCACUGGCUCUGGCCUUGUCACAAAGUGGUUAGGGGAAGGAGAAAAAAUUGUCCAUGCCUCCUUCCUCGUGGCAAGGUGUCGCCAGCCCUCGGUGAUUUUUGUUAGUGACAUUGACAUGCUCCUUUCCUCUCAAGUGAGUGAAGAACAUAGUCCAGUAAGUCGGAUGAGAACCGAGUUCCUUAUGCAGCUGGACACUGUACUGACUUCUGCUGAGGACCAAAUAGUAGUAAUUUGCGCCACAAGUAAACCAGAAGAAAUUGAUGAAUCUCUUCGAAGGUACUUCAUGAAACGACUUUUAAUCCCACUUCCUGACAGCACAGCGAGACACCAGAUAAUAGUACAACUGCUCUCACAGCACAAUUACUGUCUCAAUGACAAGGAGGUUGCACUGCUUGUCCAGCGCACAGAAGGCUUUUCUGGACUAGAUGUGGCUCACUUGUGUCAGGAAGCCGUGGUGGGCCCACUCCAUGCCAUGCCAGCCACAGACCUUUCAGCCAUUAUGCCCAGCCAGUUGAGGCCAGUUACAUAUCAAGACUUUGAAAAUGCUUUCUGCAAGAUACAGCCUAGCAUAUCUCAAAAAGAGCUUGAUACAUACGUUGAAUGGAACAAAAUGUUUGGUUGCAGUCAGUGAUGCUACUUAAAAAAAAAUGUAAUGAAUGUUGGCACACACAGAAUCUGCUACAUAGGGGUAGAGAACCCUUUUCAGUAGUGUUAAAAUUGCAAAGGGUACUGGGAAGACUACGAUUUACCUUGCCUCUAAAGAGCCAGGGUAUACUUGAAGGAAAAGUGCAUCAAACAAGAGCUGCUGAUCUGAAAAAGCCACACAUGACAGAAAGCGCGUGUUGAUGCUCAGUUCUGUUCAAGCUAGACAAUACUCACCAAGGAGCAAGGUGCAAGUGGGUUGAUUUCAGAAGGACAUGAACCCUGUGUGUUGAUUCCAUUCUGCUGUUCUUGAGAUUUAGUUGCUGUCAAGUGCCUGAAGUGGUGCUUUAUUUUUUGUUUGCCUCACAAUUACAUUGGUGGCAUGUGCUAAUAUAAAGAGCUUUAACUUCAAACAUUAUUGGACUAAAGAGAUGAACGGUUG